UGAUUACUCCUUUUCAUAACUAGGUCAACUUCAUCAGAAUGUCAACAGAGCAGGAGAAGAGAGGCCAAGUAUUCUGGGCAACUUAAUGCAGGUGCACAUUGCCAUAGGGAAUUGGCAAUGUCUUCUGUGUUGAACACCCAGCAUUAGAAGAAUCCUUGCGAAAAAGAGAACUGGAAGAAAGUCUGCUAAAGGUGGAAUUAGAAGAGUCUAUUAGGGUGGAAAAAGACGCAGAAAUAACUCCAAUGGCGAAACACGCUUCACAUCCAAAUGACAAGCAAAAGGAUGCCAAGAGACAGGUUUCUGUGUCAAAUUCUACAGAUGCUCAAGGAAAUCCAAGUUCAACAGAUCCAUCGUUUCAUUCCUCUCCUAAUGAAGGGGACACAUUUAUGAUAAUUUGCAAUGCAUUCUGGCGGCCAUAUUUGUCCUUCAACCCGUUUAAGUAUGGUGACACUCAUUUGGUGGAGUUCAGUUCAAUAUGGGGAGAUGAAAAUAGUCUAAGAGAGGGGGUUACAGUUGUGUUCCAGGAGUGGAUGAUGCAAAAUGCUUUGAUAGAGAUGUGCAAGCUGGUCUUGCGCAGUGGUCCGCUACGCAUGCUGAAGGUGCUGAUAGAGAAUAAAUAUGUUGAAAUCGAUCAAACUUUUGAGGAUGGACUGUCCAUGCUGCAUUUGGCCUGCAUAGCUAGGAAUUUUGAAGCUGUCCUCUAUCUGGUUCAUUCUGGGAUUAACUUGAAGAUACAGGAUAAACACGGUAGGACUGCGGAACAGGUUUGCUUCUCCUCAAAAAUCCGACGUCUGUUACCAAAAGGACUCGGGUCUUUGCAGAAGGAGAUGCGUUUAAAGCCCAAGUUGCAGCCUAGCAUGAAGGAGAAAGCAACCUUGUUUGAAUUGUGCAAAAGCAUCAGAAAUUUUGAAGAGUUGCAGAUAAAGCUUCAGACCUUAGAGUUUGAUGUUAAUGAAGAACAGGACCAAAAUGGUGAUUUCCUUAUCCAUGUUGUUGCUGGUGAAGGUCUGCCCCUUUUACCUCUGCUGCUAUCACUGGUUAGAAUACAGGGUGCUGAUGUGGAGAAGUGCAAUAGCCAAGGAAAGACCCCCUUAAUGAUUGCGGCAGAAAGUGGAAACUCUGUACUUGUGGAUGUUAUGCUAUGUAUCCUUGGUGCUAAUCCUAAUACUCCAAAUUCACUGAAUGGUUGGCGUGCUCUACACUAUGCAGCAAAAGAAAAUCAUGUGGAUACUACAAACUGCCUUAUCAAGAGAGGUGCUGACUUUAACUUAGAGAAUAAUGAUGGCAAACGUCCUGACGAUGGGGCAGAUGAUGGUAUCGAUUGUAAAGAAGUUAUCCAGUGUCAGAGAAUACAACGAAUUGAAUAUCUGACUGACCUGGUCAAAGAGGGUGAGCUGUUUCCUUGCAAUGUUCGCUGGACGGACAUGUUUGCUGUGGACCAGUUUGGAAGUACAUUACUCAUGACUGCUGCCGAAUUUAACAGAUUAGAAAAUCUCGAGGUACUCCUUGAAAGAGAAAAUCUUGAUGUUCUUCUUGAAAGAGAAAAAUCCUCUAUCAAUGCCCAGCAUGCCAAGAGUGGUUCCACAGCACUAGGCAUUGCAGCCAAGGCAGGCCAUUCAGAAGUGGUCAGAGCAUUACUUAGUCAUGGGGCCAACCCUGCUAUUCGGGAUAUAGAAGGUGCUCUGCCACUUCAUCAUGCGGUGACUCACAACCAUAUACAUGUUGUGAACACAUUGCUGCAGUAUCAGGCAGCUUUUACGAAUUUGGCACUAGCAAUAAAAAUAGCCAAGCGUCCGGUCAUUCAAGAAAGACUCAAAGAUGCCUGGCAGAAGCGUCAACAAGAAAUUGUGACUCCGGCAUUAUUCCAGUGUGCCUUGACUGGCAAUGCUGAGCUGCUGUACAAUACUCUGGAAGAAGGAGAUGAUGUGAACCCAAGUAGUGCAGUUGGUAACACUCCAUUGUUUCUUGCUGUUGAGAAUGCAGGAGAAAACAGUUCAGAUCAUCUGGAGAUUAUAAAAAUGCUACAGGAGUUUGGUGGAGAUAUAGGCAGGCCCCAUCAAGGUACUGGGAACACCUUGUUCCAUGCUGCCUGCAGCAGAGGAAAUGUGCCCAUAGUUCAAUAUCUGGCACAGUUUACUAAAAGUAGUGGGCCAAGAAAUCGGAAAGUUUUUGAUAUUAAUGCAUUAAAUUAUGAGGGACAAACUGCUUUGGAAAUAGCUGCAAAGAAAGGUUUUAGAAAGAUCGUAAAACUAGUCUUGGGCCUUGGAGCUACAACUGCACUAGUAGAUGGGAAAGGUGAUCUGCUCAAGUUCUCCGAGUACGAGGGUGUCCAAGUUUUAAUCGAGUCUCAGAGACAAGCUCAUACACGGCAAGUGAUGCAAUGUAUGUAUCAAAGAAAAGGAUUGAAACCACUGAAGACAGUUUGGCAGCCCAAAUUUGAUCAUAAUUUGCGAGAUUCUAAUGGGGACACGCCCUUGAUGGUGGCUGCUAGGAAUGGAAAAGAAGAUAUCGUAAAAUUUCUUUUAGAAUCUGCAGUUUAUGACUUGAGUCAAGAUGAUCUUGAAAGGAGGUCCACUUCCUCCACUGAUUCUGGCACUGUUCAGGAUGCCUCGUCCAAGCCAAAGAUGGAUGUAUCUAGUCCAGAUGAGAGUGAAGUGGAGACAAGUACCAAAGUAGCUGCCACCCCAGAUAUGACUCCAGGCUGGAGCAGCGACAUAGAGGGCAGACGGCCAUCAUCCAGAGCUAGUAGCAUAGCCUCUCCUGGCUGGUUGACUGAUACGGAUGCAACAAUAAAGACACGCAAAGUACACAAGCGUUUCCACCUUCCGUCAUUUCCGACCAUGUCCAGUUCUAUAAGAAAACUCUCUUGGAGACAACCAGAUGCUGAAAGUCAAGUGAGAAAAAGACUAUUUGCUCAAGAAGCAAGCUCUGACUAUGAAUUUAUCAAAGAACCUGAUCCAAGAAAAGACGAUGAUGGUGCUAGUCUAGCAGGUGGCAUGGUGGGAAACUUUGUAGCUGGGUUGCAGAAUGCUGAAGGGACUAUAUUUAGAGAAGAUGGAAAGGUCAGCCAUGUUCUUGCUAUCAAUCCGCGAGAUGGCUGCACUGCAUUGCACCGGGCAAUAGAAGGAGGAGACAAUUAUUCCAUAGCAUUGUUAUUGGUCGAAGCAGAUCUCAAUUGUCUCAAUAUGCAGGAUCAUGCCGGGUUAGCCCCACUGCAUUUAGCCUGCAAACUUGUAAGGAAGAAGACUGUAGAGAAGCUGACGCAAUUAAAAGGGAUAGACCUUAAUAUAAGAACUUUGGAAGGGAAGUUACCACAUGAAAUGGCUGCCAACAAAUCUCUUGCAAAGAUGGUGCAUAACGCUAGAGAUGCCCAUCCAAUGAUAAAGGAAGAAGAAGAACAUUCUCCAACUCAUUCAGUUAGUGAAUUGAGUGCCCAUAGUUGGGGUAAAAGUAGUAAAACUACUUUUGACUUUGACAAACUUAACAUGAAAUUCAAACAGAUUAAGGGAGAGAAAAAGCUUUCCACUGCGUGAGGGAAAAUUAAGACAGAAGACCGAAAUCUAAUUUACAAGGAUUUCUGAACCCAUGAAGAAGAAAAAUUAUUUUUAUUUUUGUUGGAAGGGUGAAUAGGCCAGACAAAAGCUGGUUUUAUGUUUAGAUCAUUAUAUUCACAUUUUGUAUUAUUUUAACAUCCCAGACUACUGGUAAAAUACACUGUAUGUUAAUCUGGUUGGUUACAGUGAUAGGAGAUCCCUGCUUGAGAUGUAAAUCUGCUUCAUUUGCUUUUGCUGAUAAUUUGUAUAUGAAGUAAAUUGGUAAGAAUAUUUAAGAAUGGCUUUGGUGGCCAACAUUUGAAAAAAUAUAUUUCUUUUUUUGUUUGUUUGUUUGUUUGUUUGUUUGUUUGUUUUAAUGUUCAAGUGUAGAGGCUCAUAAUAAGAAAAAGUGGAAUGAACAGAUAUUUGUAAAAUGAUAUUGAUGUUCAGUAACAUGAGAGAGACAUCAAACAUCUGAAUUAAAUUUGUUUUCACAGACAUCUUUACACCAAUAAUUUUUUCCUUUAUUCUUUAAUCAGAGUAUUUAUAUUGUUAAUGUUUAUUGACUUAUGUAUGAUGAAGACAAUACAUAUCAGUUGUAUAUAUUCAGGUCAUGUUAUUCACACACGUCCUUUAUCAACUUUGGAGUAAACAUUUCAUAUGUGAUAUGUAUAGUAAUAAGGAUGAGCAGAUUUGAUAAUCCAAAAUAUUGCUAAUUUGAUAUAAAAGAUUUUAAUACAAAAAUUGUCAAUAAUGUCUUGCUUUGAAUUAUUUUAUAUAUGACGAUGUUUUGAUACACAUUUCCAUUAAAACAUACAUUUACUUAUACAUGUUGCCCAUCUUAUGUCAGAUCAUACCUGUUGAUGCCUUGUUGUGUUUUAUAUAUUUACUUUUAUAUAUAUAUAUCAGUUUCUACCACAUUCAUCACCUUGUACACUGCAAAACAAAAUGUACAUGCUGUUACCAGUAUAUGUGCUAUUGUUUUAAUUCAUGAAUAUAAAAUUUGAUUUGUCUUAUAUCCUCUCAUGGGUCUUAAAAUGAAUUUGUUCAUUCAAUGAAAACAAAUAGCUAUAAUACAUGUACUAGUAUGUAUUUUAUGAAAGUUACAG